AUGUUCCGCAUUGACGCUGUAGAAGCAAAAGGCAACGGAGUCUUUGCCACACAGCCGAUUCCUGCAAGCACCUUGAUACUGUCAGAAGCGCCCAUUGUCACAAUUCCAAAAUUCAGUCAUCAGGAACGGUAUUCCACACUGGUACUACCUCAGUUACAAAAUCUCUCCGCCGUGCAGAAACGCAACUUUUUCGAAUUAAACAGCAACUUCCAAGACAUGCGGCCAAUCGAAAGCAUUACGAAGACAAAUGCUAUCCCUUUGGGUUCCGCGGCAUCGAUGGGUGGCGUCUUCCUUAAGUGCUCGCGCUUCAACCAUAGUUGCACCGCGAAUGCAGCAUAUCAUUGGAAUGAGGACGUCGAGGAGGAGAAAGUGUACUCCGUCCGUGACAUAGACGACGGCGAGGAGAUCACAGUCAAUUACCUGUCCGAUGAGGUGUGGGCUUUGCCUGGCAGAGAAAGAAGAAGGCAAAUACAGGAAGCCUAUGGAUUUGACUGUGUAUGCAGUCGUUGCAUGAAUGGCCAGGCAUUUGGAGAGGGUGAAAGUGAUGUACGAAGGACGAGAUUGGGUGACAUCGACAGGGCCAUUGGUGGGGGUGAGCUCAUUAUGACGAAUCCCGCGAAGGCUUUAUCAAUGUGCCGCGAGGCACUUGAGCUCUUGCAUAAAGAAGAGGAGGCGGCACCCCGUCUAGAGUCCGUCUACUACGACGCUUUUCAGAUAUGCAUUUGUCACGGGGAUGUUGUACGCGGGAGUACUUUUGCCAAAUUGGCGGUGGAGGCAAAGCGAUCGUGGCAGGGAGAUCGCGCCUCCGGUUUAGCCAAAAUGGAAGCAUUUGUGCGUAACCCAGCUUCUCAUGGCCUGGCUUUCCAUACCAAAAAGUGGUACUCGGGCAGUACGAGAGCAGCAGGGAGGCUGGGACAAAAGGACGGGGAAUGGCUGUGGCGCCGCACAGGAUAG